GCAAGGCUGGUUGAAGCCGGGUGUGUUGUUCUCCGGCUUUGGCAGAAGAGCACACGGUGAGCAUACCGGCUGCCAUUCUUUUAUUAAAACCGAUCCCUGCACAAAAAAUGCCGUGCCGUAAAGAGAGCUUCCUGCUGCUGGAGCAGUCUGUAACCGUGGGCUCUCAGGAGGUGGACACCCUGGUGGCUCGGAUAGGGGAAGCUCUUCAACUUAACGCACAGAGAAGCCCAACAUCAUGCAGCAGGGCAUACGCAACACUCAAAACGCCGCUUCCGGUCAUCACACGAGCGGCCACUUCUUGUUCGUGUGUGCGGGGCCGGAGCACGCCGUACCCAGUGUGUACCCCGAGGGGGGCCGGCAGAUACCAUCACCAAAACCUCUGCACGGGGCCCCGGGGAAAUAAACAGUUAUGCGGACGAGGCUGGGUAAGGAGCAGCUGCAGGAAACACAGCAGCCAGCAGGAUGAUGAGGACGGUGUUGAAGAUGAUCCUCAUCAAUUGCUGCAAGAGCUACUGCUGUCAGGAAACCUAAUCAAAGAGGCUGUUAGGAGACUUCAUCUUACCGGCUCAGUGGAAAGCCCCUCCACGCAAGGUUCUGCAGUGCAAUGCAAAGUGGUAGACUCCACAGAGACCACGACCGUGCAGUGACUAUGGGGAACCUCAAUCAUGUGUGUGCUGCAGAACGGAGGACCACGAGUAAUUCAUCUUAAACAAAGACACUGUUCGUUUUGUUCAGCAAUAAGCUAAACUUGUCUGAGAUGCUAUAUCGGUAACACCAUGCUCUUCUUCUCCCUGGUGGCACUGCUACCCGGCUGUGUGUAUAAGCCUGUUGUGGCACAAGAGACCAAUGUAACGCUGUACCAUAAGCAGACCAUCAUAAUUACUAUUUCUUUAUUGGACACCAGUUCCAUGUGUGCCAAACAACUGGUUACUGGUGUAGUUGGCUAAUUUGGCCUGAUAGAAAUUUAAUGUAUUGACCUGAUCUUUUUUUUUUUUUUUUUUUUUUUUUGGACACUAACUGAAUUCAUCGAGAUCCUCAUCUGUAUAUCUUGUGAUAUCCAAACAAGCGUUGAGUUGUGUGGCAAUACCUUUACACUCGAGAAGCACAACAGUGAUUCUCUAUAUACCAUGUUGAGUUGUACAUGCUGGUUUGUUACAGUGGAUUAUACAGUAAGGACAAUGUAAAAAAAAAAAACACCUUUUUUUUUAAUUUGGGCUCCUGGUCUGAAAUUAUCCCUGUGGUUGUAUAGAUAACCAUGUAGUAAGGUCAAUGGACACUGCAAUAUUGUUUCUCAGUACAAAAUACUGGGUGCCUGUGGAUCAAGACAUGUUGAUAGCCAUGACUUUUAUUGUGUCCCUGUGAUUACCAGUUUCUAGUGGGUUAAGUUUAAUUAUUUAGGAAAAUACUAAAACGUUGGACUCCUGUGGCCACCGCCCAACCGUAUCCACCUCAUUUCUAGGUUUGGAUGUGCUACCAAGACACUCGCAGGCUGUGAAACCUCAGGGACAUGUGAUCAAGAAUUAUGAGCUACAAAUAGCUUUUUUUUUUUUCCAAUUCUAAAAUUAUGGCAAUGUGAAACUUGUCCCAUUCAAUGAUCAUCUUUAAACCCUUUCUUUAUGCUGAGUUUACAAGAUACUUGAAAUAUUUAAUACAGUUCUAAUGUGGGGUUUUUCCUUUUUUUCUAAAAAAAAAAAAAGAUAGUUUUGGGUUGUCAGUAUUUGUCUGGUGCUAAUAGUUUUGGCACAGUGCAUAUUUUUUAUAUUGUCCUUUUUUGGUUAGUCUAUAUAUCAUAGAUAACUUUGGAUAUGAAUUUGAUUUAGGUUUUAUUUUUCAUUACUAAAGGUUCUCCCUACCAGAUCAAUUGCACCACCCAAGAUAGUUCAAUUUAAUAUUUAAAGGAUACUUUAAAACUUGGUUCUUUGUGCACAUGUAUAUAAGUUAAACACAUUUCCUUUUUUUAUGCAGCAAAACAAUAUUUAAUUUGAAGGGGAAAAAAAUCUCACUGUUACAUUAGGUAGCAUGUGACAAGUGCCGUAUUGCAGAAUACUUAAUGUAUGUAAAACUAUGCUUUAUAUGUCUGCCUGAAUGACUGAGUACUUUUGCACUUGGGUGAGCAAUUUUCAACCCAGACUAUAGUGGGUUGUUUUGUUGGUUAUUCCCUCUUUGUUUAAUAUAUAGUGGUGAUUGAUGCAAUGUAGUGCUUGCAUGGAUUUCUAAUGAAUAGCAAAGUGUACAUACUUUUGUUUUUCUCACAGAUUUUUAUUUAAAAAGUGUUUUUCUGUUCAUUAUUCUAACCUGAACAGCUCAUCUAGUUAACACUGCAGCAAGCCAUUUUGUCAACUGAAACCAAGUAAAUUGCUGCAAUAUUUUCAUAGCACAAAAUGGCUUUUGUUCCCUUUUGGAGUAUUUUAUUUACAAUUCUCAGUUUCUGUUUGAACAUAUUUUGUAAUUUUGAAACAGAUUUGUUGGAUAUUAAUAAAUAACAGCACUUUGUUUUGAGCUGCAUAUAAACUACAUGGGAGGGUAAACUUUUUUUUUUUUUUUUGUCAUCCUGUUUACGAUGAGUGCACACAAUGCAGCUGGGAGGUGUUCCCUGCUUGCUACAGAGUUGAAAAUAAUGGGUACUAAUGAGAAAUGAAACAAACUGCUUUUUGAUUGGUAAGGGAAGUGUUGCAACAAUGGAAUUAUGCAAUAAUUUAAAAAAGCCUCUUGCUUCAUAUACUGUAUAUGUAAGAACAUAAAUGUGAAAAUGUAGGGGGAUGUUGAUCAUUUGCAGCAGGAAUGCAUUUGUUUUGACACUUGUGGUUAAUGUACUGCAGUGCAAGCGCGAAGACAGCCACACGUGCAUUGUAUUGCAGUCUUCUGACACCCAAGUGGUUACAUUUACAUCUUGUUUGUUCUAAGCAGCUAAAUGUGUUUGUGAGCACAUAUAUUUUCCAUUGUUAGCCAUUUUCCAAUCUGAUUUUUUUUUUUUUUUUUUGUAAGCUGUAAAUCUUCUGAUCAUGUUCACUUAAGCUAACAAAGACUUGAACCAAUGGCCAUACUAUGUUAAAAUUGUGGCUGUUGGAAAGUGUACCCUUCGUAACGAAGUGUUGAUAAUGACGUUCCUGGUAUUUCAGGAUUUAUAAAUAAAAUGAAUACAAUAAAAAAACAUUUCUGUAAAAAAAA